AUGUUCAUGUCUGAUUUAGGCCUCGCGGAAAAAUGCAAGGCAGUGAUUAACAUCACAGAUCUCGCAGUGGCAGCGCUACGAACGGACUGUUCUAACGAAACAGCCGGAAAUGCUUGUCCUCCGGACACUACUUCGACCUCGAGUACCACACCUCCAGCCGCGGGGUCUCUGGCGGACAAGCAAAAGAACUCCCAAUACACCACUCCAGGUCAACUAGUUUCGCUC